GAUCCCCCCCGACAAUCACGACAAAAAAAAAAAUACAUUUUUCUCGGUAUAUUCUCUCUUUCACACACACAUAAAUAUUAUUAUUUUUUUUUUUUAAUAAUAUUUAACUCAACUCUAUUCAUGAUGUUCAUCAAUGCAUACAAAUCAAGUGACAAAUAAUACUCCAAACAAAACAAAAAAAAAAAAAAAAUAAGAGAAAGAAAAAAAUUCAAACAACAAAAUUCCACAUUAAGUUUAAAUUAUAAUUAAUAUGUUCAAGUUAAUUGUGAAGUAACAUGUGCUAAAUUAUAAUAUUAAAUAAAAUAUAUUAAAAAAGUGUACAUAGCUCCAUUUUUUUGACAAGUGAAAAAAUAAGAAAGUUUAAAUUAUCCAUCAUCAUUAUCAUCAAUAUUAUCAUCAUCAGGAAUAUAAUUAAAAUUCAAUAAAUAAAUAAAAAUAAAAUAUCAAAAACAAGGCCAGGUUAUUGACACGUUAAUAUUUAAAGCUGUUGUCACUUGGCUUCUUGAUUGAGUUUACCUGGAUUGGAUUUUUUUUUCUUUUUCAACAAGACAACGCUCAUGUUACAAGAAAAAAAAGGAAAAAAAAAAUAAAUGUCGUCCAUGUCAUUGUGAAUGAGGUUGACUGAUCUCAUCAUCAUCAUUAGAUAAAUAUGACAUCAGUAACUAGGACAACAACAACAACACAAUAAUUCAGUCUAAUUGAUUAGUUUUUUUUUUAUUUUAUUAUUUAUCUUUUUUCCAUUGAAAUAUAUUAAAUUGUCGACAAACAUUUGUUUUUAUUUGUUUGUUGUUGUUUUGAUAAAUUUAUAAUAAAUAUAUUUUGUAUUUUUUUUUUGAAUUUUUUGUUUUAAAAAUCAUUCGAAUGUCCGAGAUGUUUAGUAAAAAGAAAAAGAAACCCCAAAUAUCAACACCGAUGAAUUUUGAGCAUCGUGUACAUACUGGUUUUGAUAAACGUGAAGGUAAAUUUUUUGGUUUACCAUUACAAUGGGGUUCAAUUGUUGGAAAAGAUCAUGUAUUAAAAUCAUCAACAAAUAAUAGACCAUUACCACUUGUUGAUCCAAGUGAAAUAACACCAACUGAAAUAUUAAAUCUUAAAACAAUUGUCAGAGGACAUAAUGAUCCAAUAAAACCUGGUGAUAAAAUUGAAAAUGGAUGCUUACCUAAAACUAGCUCUGUUGCAAGAUCAAAUUCAUUACGUUCAUCAAGUCCACCAAGAAUGCGUAGAGAUUACAAAAAUAAUACAAAUUUACCACCAUCAGUACCAGAAGGACAAGAAAUAUCAUUAACACCAACUCAACAAAUCCAGCAAUUAUAUCCAUCAAAUUCUGGUUUUAAUAAACAACUUGGUUAUCAAGAUAAAAUACGUCAAAAUACACAAAAUGCUGUUGCUGGUUUUAACUCAAAUACACAGAGUUUAAUACCAAAUUUACAAAAUAUGAAUCCAAAUAUGCAAUCAUCACCUAAUUUAACAAAUUCAACAACAAAUGUACAAAAUUUAUCAAUGAAUUUUCAAGGUUUAAGUCCAAUUAUUCCAAAUCAAAAUUCAACAAGUAGUUUACAACAGCAACAACAACAACAACAAUUGCAACAGCAACAACAACAAAAUAAUAAUAAUUUUGAUAAUGCUGUUACAAAUGUUACUGGACAAUGGAAUAACAAUGUCGUCGUUGGUAAUAAUGGUAAUAUAAAUAAUAAUAGUAAUAAUAAUAAUAACAAUAAUGAAUUAUUAAAUAAAGAUAAUCAAAUUUUACAUCAUACAAUACAACCAAAAAUAUCACCAGUUGGUUCAAUAGCAUCACAACGUCCAUUGAGCCAAUUAAGUUCUCACAAUGUCAAUAAACAUUUACAAAAUUAUGGUAUUGUAAAUGAUAAUCAAGCAACAGCACAAGUACCAACAAAUAAUUUUCAAAAACCACUUGAAAGUUCACAAUCAAUGCAUAAUAUAUCAAAAUCAUCAUCAAUAAUAACACAACAACAACAGCAUCAUCAUCAACAUCAUCAUCAUCAACAUCAGCAACAACAGCUUCAACAACAACAACAACAACAGCUAUCAUCAACUGGUAAUAUUGCUGCAGAACAAAAUAUAAAUAUUAAAAGUGGAAUGUAUGGUUCAUUGUCAUCUGGUAAUAUUGCAACAUCAAGUAAUAAUAAUAGUAAUAAUAAUAGUACAGCAUCAGCAUCAAAUACAACAACAAAUAAACAACAAAAUGAUCAAAGAUUAACACAUGAACAAUUUAGAGCAGCAUUAGCAACAGUUGUUGGUCCAGGUGAUCCACGUGAACAUUUAGAUAAUUUUUUAAAAAUUGGUGAAGGUAGUACUGGUACAGUUUGUAUUGCAACAGAUAAAAAAAAAAAUCGUCAAGUUGCUGUUAAAAAAAUGGAUUUAAGAAAACAACAAAGACGUGAAUUAUUAUUUAAUGAAGUUGUUAUUAUGAGAGAUUAUCAUCAUCCAAAUAUUGUUGAAAUGUAUGAUAGUUUUUUGGUUGAUGAUGAAUUAUGGGUUGUUAUGGAAUAUCUUGAAGGUGGUGCAUUAACUGAUAUUGUAACACAUUCAAGAAUGGAUGAAAGUCAAAUAGCAACAGUAUGUUUACAAUGUUUAAAACCACUUGCUUAUCUUCAUGCACAAGGUGUUAUACAUCGUGAUAUUAAAUCUGAUUCAAUAUUAUUAACUGCUGAUGGUAGAGUUAAAUUAUCUGAUUUUGGUUUUUGUGCACAAGUAUCACAAGAUUGUUUAAAAAGAAAAUCACUUGUUGGUACACCAUAUUGGAUGAGUCCAGAAGUUAUAUCAAGAUUACCAUAUGGUCCAGAGGUUGAUAUAUGGUCAUUGGGAAUAAUGAUUAUUGAAAUGGUUGAUGGUGAACCACCAUUUUUCAAUGAACCACCAUUACAAGCUAUGCGUAGAAUCAGAGAUAUGCCACCACCAAAAUUAAAAAAUUCACAAAAGGUGAGUCCACGUCUUCAAGGAUUUUUGGAAAAAAUGCUUGUACGUGAUCCAGCACAACGUGCAACAGCUGCUGAAUUAUUAAAUCAUCCAUUUUUGAGACAAGCUACUAAUCCAACUGUACUGAUACCAUUGAUGCGUGGUGCUAGACAUACCAAUUGUUAAAUCAAACAACAAAUAAUCAUCUACGAAAAUUAAAAAACAACAACAUCAAGUUGUUUAAUAAGACAACAAUAAAAUUUAUUUAAAAUUGGAGCAUCAUCAUGCACCAUUAUUUAAUAACAAUUGAAGCCCAGUACUUUUUGGCUUUUUGAUUGUGCUGAAAGUUAUCUUUAAUAUAAAAAAAAUUAGCAUACGCAUUGGUAAUUAGUUGGUCAAUGAAAAUAAAAUUACUAUUUCUUUUUUUUUUUCAAGACUAUUUGUCUGUUAUUUUUAAAAUGAGUAGAACUUUUAUGGGUAUGUGUUCAAAUAGCUCAUAUAGAAUUGAUUACCAACACGUUAAAAAUAUAACAAACAAUUUAUUUUUAUGGCCAAUAUUUUGAGACAAAAUAUGAUAAAUUAUUAUAAAUAUUUACAUCUCAAAAUGAUAAAGAAAAAAAAAGUUAAACAACUGGUCUCAAUGAUAGAUAAUAAUUUUAAAAUAUUGCAAGAAGAAUGGAUAAACCAACAAAUUAUUAUCAUCAUAAUUAAUUAUCAAUAUCAAACAUUAGUUAUAAAUUAUCUUUUUCAUUUUUUUUUUUUUACUUAGUUAUUAUUUUACAUAUUUUUUUUUAUUAUGAUUUUUUUAAUUAACAAUUAUCUCACUAUUAACAAUCAACAAUGAGAUUAUUAUACAUUCC